CUACGCUACUACCCCGUCAACAAACCAUCGCAUGUUGCCCUCCGGUACCUAACUGCGGAUGUCCACCCCCUCCAGCCUAAGAUCGCACACAUGUAUGCCACCCGUGAUAAGGACAUGUUAUGGUGGAUGAUAAAUCCUUCCUACCUGAUGUCCACAAAAAUGAAGCGCGUGGUUCGAUCAUGGUGUAGUCGACGAGCUCGGAUGGCCUUCCAGCUAGCGUUGAAAGAGCACGGCUAUGACACGCACGGUCGAAGAACCGGAGAGAAAUCGUUGGAUGCUGGAAAAGAACAAAAGGACCUGAAGGGGAGAGUUGAACUGGUGCUUCACGCGGACAUCAUCCGGGCGCAAUUCGAGGACCUGCAGAAGGAAAUGAAUGCUGGAGUGGAUGCUUUGAUAGAUAGAAUGGGGAAGAAUGCGCAUCCGAAGCCAGGGAAGAAGAAAAAAAGCAGCGAGGCAACUACUAAUGACCAAGGGACCAAGUCAUCAUAA